AUGAGUCUCUUCUUCAAAUCUCCAAUUGAUAUUGAAAUUCUGCUAGAUGGCGAGGAGUCACGAAAGCAUGUUGAGAUCGCCAAUUCCUCGAAUAACCCCACCGCCAGAACAUUGAAGGAUCGAUACCCUGUAUAUGAAGACGGAGAAAGUGUUAGUGGGAUAGUCACUCUAAGAGUCAAGGAAGGGAAGAAGUUGGAACAUUUAGGCGUCAAAGUCAGCCUUAUCGGAAGUGUCGACAUCACUAAAUCCACCUCUGAGGGUAAGAAGCGACCCGUAGAGACCUUUUUGACUUUGAGCGCUGACCUCUGCCCUCAUGGAGAACUGGUUCACUCUCAAAACUUCCCAUUCAACUUCAAAGACGUGGAAAAACGCUACGAAGCAUACAGGGGUAAAAACGUUGAUGUUACAUACUACGUCAAAGUUACCGUUUUUCGCAAGUCUACCGAUAUCGUGAAACACAAAAGGUUCUGGUGUUUGUUGUACCACCCGGACCCGACCCCACCUACGGUGGCCAAUCCUUCCGACGAGAGAAAGCCGGUGAAGCUUGAUAUAGGAAUCGAGAACUGUUUGCACAUCGAGUUCGAAUACUCCAAAUCUCAGUUUUCCCUUAAAGAUGUGAUAGUUGGCAGAAUCUACUUUCUUUUAACCAGAUUAAAAGUUAAGCACAUGGAGCUUAGCGUCAUUACCCGUGAAACAUGCGGAAUGGAACCUGUUCAGCUUUUAGACUCCACGUCAAUUCGCUACGAAAUUAUGGACGGGUCUCCUGUAAAGGGGGAAACAAUUCCGAUUAGGUUAUUCUUGGGUGGAUACGAUUUGACUCCCAGUAGCACAUUUAACUUUUUCAACAUCAAAAACUAUCUGAGUCUUGUCAUUAUUGAUGAAGAUGGCAGACGAUAUUUCAAGCAGUCAGAGAUUACACUUUACAGGAAACGUAACUAA